AUGUCCGGACCUCGCAGACGGUCGCUCUUCCGACCAUGCAUCGACCUGCACAACGGCCAAGUCAAGCAGAUCGUCGGCGGGACGCUCUCUGACAGCGACCCAAGCACGCUACGCACCAACUUCGUCGCCAGGCGCGUCCCUGUCCACACUCGUCCCCGCCAUCCAUCUGCGCAUUACGCUGAGCUGUACAAGAGGCACGGCCUCGAGGGCGGCCACAUCAUCAAGCUGGGGCCUGGGAACGACGACGCAGCGAGGGAAGCGUUGCGGGCAUGGGAAGGUCAUCUGCAGGUCGGCGGGGGCAUUACAGAUAAGAACUGCGGCGAGUGGCUCGAGGCGGGGGCGAGCAAGGUCAUCGUCACAUCGCAUCUCUUUCCCGACGCCAAGUUCUCCCUCGAACGGCUGCAGGGCAUCUCGUCGCUGACAGGGAAGGACAGGCUCGUCGUUGAUGUCAGUUGCCGACGAAGAGGGGACAAGUGGUUCGUCGCCAUGAACAAAUGGCAGACGAUCACAGAUAUGGAGGUCAACAAGGACUCGUUAGACAUGCUGUCGGAAUACUGCAGCGAGUUCCUAAUCCAUGCUGCGGACGUCGAGGGUCUCUGUCAGGGGAUCGACGAAGAGCUUGUCGCCAGGCUAGGUACAUGGGUGACCAUACCGACUACAUAUGCGGGAGGAGCGAAGAGCGUUGAUGAUCUGCGUGUAGUCGACAGGCUCUCAGAGGGGCGGGUGGACCUUACGUAUGGGAGCUCGCUGGACAUUUUCGGAGGCACGCUCGUGAGCUUUGAUGACCUUGUACAGUACAGUAAUGCUGCUAUACGGAAGACAGAUGAUUAG